UUUUUUCCCUGUUCUCAAUUCUCAUUCCAUGUAGUCUUUGUGCAUCUCAGGACAACCUAAAAUAUUUAGAUCUAUUUCACAUUUUCACGGUACUCCUUGACUCCUUCCUCUCUCUCCUCCCAGAAGGCCAGAACACAGACACAGACCACGGCUUCCUCUCUCUCUCCUCCAUUGAAGCCUACUCGAAAUUCUCCAUUGAAGGGGCUUCUGAGCUUUCUCUCCUCCACUGAAGCAGUCUCAAAGGGUUUGGUUUGUGGUCUUGUGGAGCGUACUCGAAAUUCUCCAUUGAAGCGGCUUCUGACUUUCUGAGCUUUCUCUCCUCAUUGAAGGAUUUGAACCAGUCUCUAAGGUCUAUGGAUUCUGCAGACACUCUUCAUCGUUUCAAAAGGUCUAUUAAAGCCUUCUUAAAUAAAGAUAAUUUUAAUGGUGCUCUAAAGUUAGUCGUAAACCGCAUGGUUCGAUGCAUGGAAGAAAAUGGUGAGGAGACUAAGGGAGAAAGUCUUGUUUAUUUCCUGAAUACUGUUGCCUCUGAGUUUCCAGAGUUGAACCUUCCCUCAAAUCCGUUGCAUAGACUAGAGUGUUUGGUCAACAACCUGCUUUCAAAUGGCAUGGUAGAAGAUGCCCUAAAGCUCACUAGUGCACCGUAUCCGUCUGUGUUAACUGUUUCUGUCUUGGAGCUCAAGCUGAGAAUAUUUUUCCAUGAACAAAAUAUGGAGGAGUUUUGGAAGAUUUUUCGGGCUUGGGAAGUCCACAACAUGUAUGCAUAUGCAGAAACUACUUUUAUUUUGGGGACGAGCUUUAUGAAUUUAAAAGAUGAAGGAUAUCUGGAGAAGUCUAUUGACUAUUUUAGCAAAGGGAUUUCUAUGGCUAAAAGUCCUGAACAACAAUCUUUGUUAGAAAAAUUGGAACAGCAGCUAUUUGAGGCAGAAAAAAAGAAGAAGGGUGAAACACAGCCUGCACCAAAGGAAGCUAAACCUGUACAGAUUGCAUCAGUUACAUCGCAAGAAGCAGCACUUAAAUUGCAGCAAGCUUCCGAGGAAGCAAAAAGACAUGAAAGAGAACUCUUGGAUGAAGAGGCCAAGAUCGCGGCGGAGGCGAGAAAAAGGGAAAAGAAACGAGAAAAGAAACGAGAAAAGAAACAAGAAAAGAGUGAAGGAAAACAAAUUGUGGAAGGGUCCGAGAAAGCUGUGGAGACAAAAGAUGAGGGGGGUAGAAGGGGAAGCAUAUCUUUGGUCGAGGAAAGAAGACCUCGGAAUUUUAAGAUUGAACUUUCUGUUACUAUGGAGUUAGAUGAAGAUUCUUUUAUGGGGUCUACAAGGACUAACACCACUGAAGUCCAAAAAUCAUUUAUUGUAGUUGACCAAGCACAGAUAAACAACUUUCAAGAUCUUGUUCAUCUGUGUCUCAGGCAUGAGACUCUGUUGAAGGUUGACCAAAGUUUUAAGAUGAUGGAUGAUGAUAGGUUUUUUCUUGUGACAAGUGAGGAUGUAUGCACCCUUUACAGCUUUUUUAAGCGUAAAAUUAGCAUACUUUCUCCUAAAUCAAAUGAAGCUUGGUGGGAUGCGAUAAAAGAUUUAUUUCGGAAAGUAUUCAGAGGCGUGAUUCGGGGGCUGAUGUAUUUGUUCGACAAAGACAAAGCCUGCGGGAAUUUAGUUUUCAAUUCUUUUGUCAAUUCUGAAGGAGAAGGCAGAAUUCUGCCAUAUAUGGCAGCGGGGAAGCAAAAACAGGACUUAAUACAGUUGGUAGAUUUAAUGCGGAGUGUCAUCAAACUUGCUGUUCCCAGCCAAAGUGAUCUUUCUUUUCUUCCAAAUCAUUUGGAACAAUAUUUUGACAAUGUCACACAAUUUCAUGGGUCCUGUCCAUUGGAGUUUGUUAUUGAUCAACCGUAUUUUUGGAAUACGGCGGAAAAAAUCAAUUUUACCUUCAAAUUGAGAGAGUUGGUUAAAGAGAAUCCUAAUCCUUUUAGAUUGUUCCUUGAUUAUCAUCAAUUAUACCAAGAUUGGUGGCAGAAGCUUCAACAUGUAUACAUAAAACUUUUUAACAAUUCGAUGAAGCGCAAGAAGACCGUCAAAGGUUACCGGAAUGCUAUUGAUAUUGUCCGAUUUUAUGGAGCAGUCUAUACUCAUAUAAAUGAGUUGGAGUACAAACAAGAUCGAAAUAACAAGAGGUUUAGUGAUGAAAAGAUCGAGUCAGAUUUGGCAAAGAUUUUUCCAGAUUUUUAUGUACACAUGUUUUCGGCCUUGUGCUCGUGCAACCAGAAAAAUAUGGGCAUAACCAAUGACAAUCUGAGGGGUUUAUCCACGGUUCAUUCUUUCAGAGGGAAGUAAAAGGAGCAGGAUUCUGCCACGAGUGGUUAGCAGGGGAGCUCUUUGGCAUGUUGAUUUCUGUUCUUUUCAUGCAAGAGGCUGUUAAGGGAAGCUUGGAUGAAAACAAGAGGAAUACUUGCACAAAUGUGAAUAUGUUUGAUUACUUAUCUUGUCUUAAUUUUGCGGCAAAUGGACAGGGUUUGUUCGCUGAAUUUCGUGCCCCACACGGGACAAAACAUGGACAGCAGGGUGAUGAUUACCUAUUGAUAUACUCGAAUGGCUUGCUUGCUCUUGUCUUUUCCUUUGGCGUACUCUUUACUUCUCUAAAGAGCGUAACAGCAAGGUCAUGGCAAUAUGGCACCGGUAUUCUGGUCUGCCCUUUAGUUUUUAUAGGAACUAAGGAAGUCUGUUUUAUUUUUUUUGGAAUCCUCAUGGCCAUUGGAAAUUUCAGGAUGGUUUCGGAGCUUUAAAGCAGAUUAUGGGGUCCCCUUCCUGAUCGUCAUAUGGACAUUAUUGUCCUUUUUUGUCCCUAUAAGGCUGUCUUCUGAGAUUCCUAGGCGGCUUGAUGUUCCAUCUUCCUCGUCUGUAACACUGAGCUCUGGUUCCUGCUUUUGCACCAAACAUGUCGCAGCUGACAAACAGUGUAAAUUAUAAAGGAACGUAAAACAUGAAAGUAACUGUUGAGGUUAAUUCAACAAAUUAAGAGGAAAUUUUUGAGUUCUUUCUUUAGGGGAUUUCUUAGCUAAAUUGACUUCAAGAAAAAAUGGCUGAAACCAUGUGAAUACAGACUACAGAACAGGUUAAGCAAAAUAGACCUAGAACAUUUUGCACUACAUUUGUUCAUACAGUAUUUUAUUUCCUAAUCUUCUGAUUUAGCGAA